GUAAAAUAGAGAAAGAUGGGUAACUCUAAGUCUGUACACCGUGAAAAAAGGAUUAUACAAAUUUUUGUUAAAACUGUAAGUGGCAAAACAAUUGCCAUUGAAGUUGAUGCCUCUGAUACAGUUAAAGAAGUGAAAAACAUAAUUCAAGAUAAAGAAGGCACUCCUCCAAAUCAGCAACGUUUGAUCUUUGCUGGUAAACAACUGGAAGAUAAACAUACUUUGACACAUUAUAAUAUUAGGGAUAAAUCAACUCUUCAUCUCGUGCUCCGUCUAAGAGGUGGUAUGCAGAUUUUUGUAAAAACUCUCGCUGGAAAGACUAUCACUCUCGAAGUUGAAUCUUCUGAUACUAUUGAUCAAGUCAAGGCAAAGACCCAAGAUAAGGUGGUUUCUCCUGAUCAACAAGAAUUAAUAUAUGACGAUCAACAUCUCGAAAAUGGACGUACUUUGAAAGAUUAUAAUAUUCAAAAAGAAUCUCUUCUUCAUCUCGCACUUAGGGAUAAUUUGUAAUCUUGUAAUUACUUUUAUAAUUAAUCAAAAUUUGCGCAGUUAAAUAAAUAAAAUCUAUAUUGAA